UCAGUCCUUAACAAAUUAACGAGACCAAAGGAAGACCUGAGUUGGGAUUACAAGCCUUUUAGGGUUUCAAUAGGAUUCAUUGAGACUUGAUGGCAACUUUUCAAAUGUUGUCUAAAGUAGGUGAGGAUAUUCAGCAUUGGAGUCAUCCACAGCAUUCUCUGAAUCUUGUCUUUGCGCAAUCACUGUACACCUGCAGUGGGUGCAAGGAAUAUGGAGCUGGGCUAAGAUACAGGUGCAAUAGGUGCAACUUCCACAUGCACGAAUUCUGUGCCAAGGCUCCAUCAACGGCCAUCCACCCAUACCACACGCAGCACCAGCUCUUCUUUCACAAUAAACCAGGCGGACUGAAAAAGUCCAAAUGCGGGGUAUGUGGAAAAGCCACCAACGGCUCCGCUUUUUGCUGCCCAACCUGCUCAUUUUGCAUUCAUCCAUGCUGCUUGCAACUUCCUCCAGAGCUCACCAUGAAGGAACAUCCUCAGCAUUCCCUCAAGCUCGCAUCUGCCUCGCCAUUACCCAACAACUCUCCUUACACAUGCAAUGCAUGCAACAAAAUCGGCACCAGUUGGGUAUAUUACUGUGCUCCCUGCAAAUUCUAUCUGCAUGCUCUGUGUGCAAAAGGGGUGAUAAAUGGGUUCCAGGCGCAGGGAAUCAAUGCGCCGCCUAAGAAGGGCAAGGUUGCAAGGGCUACUCGAUAUGCUUCUCAAGUUGUUCGGAUCUUUGUAGAUGGAGUUCUCGUAGGACUCGGCGAAGGUGUUUUGGAUGUUAUUAACUCAUGAGGUGGUUCCUCCCAUCCCAGAUGGUGAUGUUAAACGCGGGCCAUGUUAAUUUUUUUAUGCUGCUUUUCUUAACGCUCUUACAGAGCUAUUUUAUAAAGAUAUAUAUUUGUAUAGUAUUCUUGUUGUUGCCUCAUUGCAGCCUUAAUAAUUCAAAUUUAGGUGGUUUGUGAGCUACGUUGUACUUGACU